AUGGAAGCUGAAAAUUUUAAGAUACAGGUGAGCGAUAUUGAUAGCUUAUCAGAAAUUGAUACAAAGCGAGAUUCUAUUGAAAAAGCUCCAAAUGUAGAAAAAUGACUUGGAGGCCUUCGUGGCGACCGAACCUGCAUUUCUGAAUCUUUUGAUCAGUCUGAAAGAGAUUUUCCUUCUCAUUCUCCAACUGCAGCUAUUUCUAAUGAUCCUUUCCGCCUAAAUAAUCAACCAACUUCACAGAGCCAAUAUAGCCCUCAAAAUCAGCCUCCACUUCAGCCAGAUCAAAUUAAAAACAUACUGUUAAGCCAAGCAAAAGCAUUAGAGGAAGCUUUAUAUGCAAUGAAAAUGCAGCAAUCUCAAGGAAAUCAUCAAUAUUUCCCUUCUUCAGUUUCAUUGCCGACUUCAAAUCAAGGCUCUAGAUGCAUUUCUCCAGAAAAUACUAUGCGGCAAGGUUAUUGACCUUAUCACUUGCAUCAUCAGCCUUAUCAAUUUUUACCUCAAAAUCCUUAUAAUUACUCACAAAAUCAAAUAAUUCCUCCUCAAAUGCCUGCAUAUCCCCAAAACACUUUUAAUGCCCCUUAUCAGAAUUCAAGCCUAUUGCAGCAAGCAGAAAUUUUAGAAAACGCAAUUCAAGCUGCCAAAUCCCAAGCUUCAGGGCUAAAUCCACAAUUUCCUUAUUUCCUUCCACAAAGUUAUAAUCACCAAACUGCAUAUUCCUCGCCCUUAUCUUAUAACAAUAGAGGUAUUGGAGAUUUAUAUGAAAAUAGACAAUCUGAGCUUCAAAGGGAUUUACAAAUAAAUCAAAAGAAUUUAGCUGCGAUUGAAAGGGAAAAAGAAAUACUCGAAACAGAGCUAAAUUCUGCAAUCCAAAGAGAAUCCUCAACAGCUUUGAUGCUGCAGCAAAUAAAACUUGAUUUAAAAAUCCUUGAAACCCAAUUCCUAGACUGCCAGUACAGAUUUAACACAGAAAUUGACAAUUUAAAAGAAAAAAACAGUCAAAUUUUAAAUAAAUUAGAAGAAAUUAACGCAUUUUCAAGAAAAUCAGUAAGCAGCUAUAGCCCAGAGCCUAUAAUACAUCAUGAAAAAAGCUACAGUGGGGCGAAUAAUAAUUUUUAUAACGAAAAAAAAAUUGGAGAAAUUUCUCCAAAAAAUCGAGGCUAUGUCCCAGUCAGAACCCAAGAAAACCAAAGCGAAAAUAUUAUAAACGUGCUAAGGUGGGAAGAAAAUGAGAAAAAAACGCCAGAGCCAAAGCCUAUAUAUGACCAGCAUCAAAACAGCAACUGAGGCGACCCUCAGAAAAUCAAACAAAUAAGGCAGCAGUCAGAAUCUUUGCAGAACAAAAAUAUCGACACAAUUAUAAAAAAUAUAGAAAAUAAAUUAAGACUGUUAAGAGAAGACAAAGAAAAAGCCCAAACUAAAUUUUACACUGCAGAAAGGGCAGGAAAUACAAGUAAAAUGCGAGAAAUGUCAUUAGAGCUUGGCAUUAUUGAAUCAAACAUCACCAGUCUUGUAAAAAAACUAAAUACCUAUUCUUCAGCUUAA